AUGCAGCUUCGUCUACCGAUACGGGUGGCCCUCCCGCGGGUCACCCCCACCCGACCAGACACCGGCCGCCGUCUCCUCCUCCCCCUGAUCCCAACCCGCGGCAUCAAGUACGGGUGGUCGACCGCGCCGCCGCGCUCCAAACCCCGACGCUUCAACCAGCCCAACUCGGGCCUCCCCGCGCCGACCACCGGUCCCGCCGCGGCUCUCAAGCGGCGCGAGAACACGACGCCACACCGCGCGGGCGUGCUGGCGAUCAAGAAGGGCAUGACCAGCAUGUUCGUCGGCAAGGUGCGCACGCCGUGCACGGUGCUGCAGCUGGACCAGGUGCAGGUGGUGGCCAACAAGACGCGGGCGCGGCACGGCUACUGGGCGGUGCAGGUCGGGCAGGGCUCGGCGAACCCGCGCAGCGUCGCGGCGCCGCAGCUCGGCUACUACGAGGCCAAGGGCGUGGCGCCCAAGGCGGACCUGCACGAGUUCAAGGUGCGCGGCGCCGAGGGCCUGCUGCCCGUGGGCGCGCCGCUGCUGCCGGACUGGUUCCGCGUUGGGCAGCACGUGGACGCGCGGGCGCGGUCGCGCGGCAUGGGCUUCGCGGGCGGCAUGAAGCGCCACGGGUUCGCGGGCCAGGAGGCGUCGCACGGCAACUCGCUCAACCACCGCACGAUCGGCACGACGGGCCCCUCGCAGGGCAGCGGCAGCAGGGUGCUGCCGGGCAAGAAGAUGCCGGGCCGCAUGGGCUUCCAGCACGUCACGGUGCAGAACCUCAAGGUGCUCAAGGUCGACAACGAGCUCGGCGUGGUGCUGGUCAGCGGGCCGGUGCCGGGGCCCAAGGGCCGCGUCAUACAGCUGCAGGACGCGAAGAAGCGCAAGGCCCCGGGGAAGCCGUUCCGGAAGAGCACGCUCAAGCUCCUGGAGAAGCGGCACCCGGACGCCGAGGCCAAGCUGCAGCAGGCACGGGAGACGCAUUUGGAGCGCAAGGAGGAGCGCCAAGCACACAAUGCCCAGUUCUAA